AUGGAUCAAGAUAGAGUUGAGGUAUUGGAUCCGGUUCAUAAUGGGAAUUUGAUUCAUUUGGUUGAAGGAGUUGCAAUUGCAAGAGAUAGUAUAAGUGGAGAAGCUGAAACAUCGAGAGAGGUGGAUGAGAAUUUGGGGUCCGAUAAGGAGCUAAAGGAGGAAGUUAAGGGCGAAGACAAGCAUGGUCGGGAAAAUUCCGGUGAUAAAUUACCCGGGGUUGAUCAGGGAACCAGUUAUAAUUCAAACCAUUUGGUUAAUCAAGAAGUGAUUGAAACUGUGGUUGUGAUUGAGUCCGUUCAGACUGAGUACAUCAAUGAAGAUAAUAGGAAAUUGGAAGUGAAAGAUGAUGAAUUAGGGUUGAGCUUGGUUUCCACUAAAGCACCAAAAGAGGUGUCUGAAAUUGAUAAAAGUUCGUGUGUGAUUGAUAUAAAGUGCAGCAGCCACAAAAAGUUAUAUGAGAAUUCUGAAGGUGAAACGAUUUGUAGGAUUUGCCAUCUGACUUCUGGUCAGUCUUCGGAUGCAACAAUUAUUGGCACUGCUAAUAGUGCUACAAGUGCAGAUUUGAUUCAGCUUGGUUGUUCGUGUAAAGAUGAGCUAGGCAUUGCGCACGUUCACUGUGCUGAGGCCUGGUUCAAGCUCAAGGGGAACAGGUUAUGUGAAAUAUGCGGUGAGCCUGCAAAAAAUGUUUCAGGUGUUACUAGUAAUGGAUUUAUGGAGGAGUGGAAUGAAAGAAGAUUCAUGGACGACGACAGUAACUCAUCCCCCAGGGUAGUUGGAUGCUGGCGAGGACAGCCAUUUUGUAACUUCUUGAUGGCAUGCCUGGUAAUAGCGUUUGUUCUGCCAUGGUUUUUUCGUGUAAAUAUAUUCUAG